AAGGAAGAAAGAUAGAAAGGGGGGAAGUAACGAAAAUAAAAAUGAAAUCUCAAAUCAAAGAGAAGGAAACUGGGGUGUUUUCUACCUCCUCCCUCUUCAGUGCCUCAGUGAUAAACGCAAACGUGGCCGCGUACGACCAAUGAAUCUAUCUCAGCAGGCAUUGGUCUCCGUUGAUGGGACUUCAACACCACAAUCUUCAAAUGUCUCCGUUGAUGGGACUUCGACACCACAAUCUUCAAAUGAGUUGGCAGCCGAGUUUACUCAGUGAUAAACGCAAACGUGGCCCUCCUUUAGGAUUACGAAAUCUCGGCAAUUCUUGUUAUCUCAACAGCGUACUUCAGUGCCUCACCUACACUCCUCCUCUCGCUAAUUUCUGUCUCAAUCUCAAGCACUCUUCUCUCUGUGAUUUAGCACGUGACUGUCCGUUUUGUAUUCUGGAGAAGAGGAUUGUGCGGUCAUUGAGCUUGGAUUUAACUCUGGAUACUCCAGCGAAGAUCCAGAGUUGUUUGAAGAUUUUCGCAGAGCAUUUUAGGGGUGGGAGACAGGAGGACGCACAUGAGUUUCUGCGUUAUGUGAUUGAUGCGUGUCACAACACGUGUUUGCGUAUAGAAAAGUUGAAACGUAAGGGGAGUGACCGUGAGGCGUUGAAUGGGAGUGUGGGUAAUGGUACUAGUGUGGUUAAGGAGAUAUUUGGGGGAGCUUUGCAGAGUCAGGUGAAGUGUUUGUCUUGUGGUGCUGAGUCAAAUAAGGUUGAUGAAAUUAUGGAUAUUUGUCUUGAUGUUUUGCAUAGUAGUUCGCUUAAAGAUGCAAUGCAGAAGUUCUUUCAGCCUGAGGUUUUGGAUGGGAAUAAUAAGUAUAAAUGUGACAAUUGUAAGAAAUUGGUGGCAGCAAGGAAGCAAAUGUCAAUUCUUCAAUCACCUAAUAUCCUUGUAAUUCAACUGAAGAGGUUUGAAGGGAUGUUUGGUGGGAAAAUCGACAAGAUCAUUGCAUUUGAAGAAAUUUUGAUUCUUUCAAGCUUCAUGUGCAAAGCUAGUCAGGAUCCACAAGCAGAAUAUAAACUUUUUGGUACUAUUGUGCAUUCAGGAUUUUCACCGGAUUCGGGGCAUUAUUAUGCUUAUAUCAAGGAUGCAAUGGGCCGGUGGUAUUGCUGUAAUGACUCCUAUGUCUCACCUUCAACUCUGCAGGAGGUAUUGUCUGAGAAAGUUUAUAUUCUCUUCUUUUCUCGUGCUAACCAAAGACCGGAAUCAGCCAGUAGCACUUUUCCUUUGAAUGGUGUUAAAUAUGGUGAAAAUGGCAAUGGGUUUCAUAAAGGCGCAAAGACGGCUGUUCCCUUGAAUCCGGUGAGUAUUAAACCAAGUGCUGAGCGGUCAUCUCAGAAGAGUGUCUCUACCAUUUCUGAGGUUGAGAAAGUGUCUUCUACCCCACAACUGAAAUUCAAUAUUUCUGGAAAUUUUGGUUGCAAAGGAGUUUCUCCAACGAAUAAAGGAAAGAUUGAUGGUCUUAAGACUCAGAAUAUGAAAAUAAAUGGGGCUGUUAAAGAUUCGGUUCAUAAGGAGAAAUUUGAUAAAGAUUCGUUGAUGAAUGGGAAUGAUUCUAACAAAAGUAGAAGAGUUGAUGCUCUUGAUAAAGAAAAUGGUGUCACACCAGCAUCGGUAAGCGAAAAUGGUGUUACUAAAAAUAUUGGUUUUACAUCAGUAAAACUAGAUCACAAUGAAGGCAAUGUUAUGAGGAAUGGGAUAACACCAUCUAGAGGGUCUGAUCACACCAAACCGCUUAAUGGUAGUAUUAACGGCCACUCUGUCUCUGGGAGCAAGAGGAAAUUGCUUGAGUGUUGCAUUUUGUUUGCACAGGAUCCUCAAUCUCAGGCAAAAGUUCAAGAACUGAGAGAAUUUUUGGAGAAAGAAGCUUCCUUUGUAUUACGGUCAUGUGGUUGGUCUGAAAACGUGUACAGCUUUAUGAGUUCAAGGAAGAGGCUAUGUGCACAAGAAGCUGGUAAUGCUCCAAGUGGUGCUGGUUUGAAGAAGUUGCUGAUAACAGAUGCAAAACGAACUUUUAUUUCACAAAUACCAGAGCCAUUGAAAGAGGACCUUAUCAAACGUCUCUGGUUAUUUGGCAAAGAAAAACAGGAAUCUCCAGGUUCUUGAUCAACUGAAGUGGUAUAUUAUGAGUUCUGUGAGAUUUGUUGUUGAUGGGGCUUGGAGUAAAAGUACAUUCAGGUAUAAAUACUUGUGUGACUGUUGGUGUGGGUUGGGUAAGAAAAUGUUUGUGGUCAUGGAGAUACACGUUUUCUUGAGACAAUGAUUGAGAGGAUUCCAUGACAGUCUUGUUGCUUUGAGCAAUAUUCCAGCAAUUUACAAAACUGUCGAUUGAAUCGUCUGCCUUGGACAAACACAAUUAUAAUUGUAGGUGCCCUUCCGGUGAUGUUGAGAUGAAAGGGAUGAGCUCAAAAAAUUGUGGAACAAUAUUCUGGUUGACGCUGUGAAGUUGGUUCUGUUGAGAAAGAAAUUUUAAAGGGGCGGAAUCUUAUUCAUUUUGUAUGAUAAAUUUAUAGGAAUCAGCAAAAUGUAGCGGGAUAGUACCUUUUUGAGUUGUAUACUCUUGGUAGUAUGACGUAGUGUUUACUUCUUCUGUGCAGUGUACAAGUUUGCAAAUUGAUGAAAUCUGCACUAGGGGUUUUUUAUUUUUUUGGGAUAAGAAGGAAAUCUUAUUUGAGUUAUACUGUUUUUUGGAGUUAAAUCGAUCACAUAAAGUAAAUGAAAUUUUGGGUUUAGUAA